AUGGCCGGAUUCACAUCUAUCAAGGAUGCUAUUUACUUUUCCAUCCUCGUAUCUGGGACUAACUUCCUUAUGACAGGGAUAGCCCUCUUCCUGAUAGAUAAGAUCGGGAGACGUCGAAUAUUACUGUACACGAUUGUCGGCACGGCGGUUGGCCUGGCGAUUUUGGGCGUUGGAUUUGUCUUUGUCACAGGCUUCACGACAAAACAGAACACGUGUUUUGACUAUAGAGGGAAUUGCGGAGCGUGCAUAAUAGAUGAUAGAUGUGGGUUUAGCAUGGAUAGUGACUCGUGCGUUCUCAAGAAUCAGAGUAAUUCAGGAAGUUUGUACUUAUCGUGUCCUUCAAUUAACACCGGAGGAAGUUGGUUUACUUUGGUCAGCUUGGUGAUUUUUGUUACCUCAUAUGCCCUUGGUCUAGGGCAUGUACCAUGGACCGUGCAAAGCGAGUUGUUUCCUUUGAGCGUAAGGGGAAGAGCUGUGGGGUUAGCAACAGCCACAAACUGGCUUGCUAAUUUAGGUGUCGCUGUAUCCUUUCUGCCGCUGACCGAGGUCAUAACAAUCUCGGGAACAUUUUGGAUCUACGCAAUAUUCAUGGUCAUAGGCUGGAUAUUUGUUUACACUGCAGUACCCGAAACUGCUGGUAAAUCUCUAGAAGAGAUUCAGGAACUGUUUCUACGAUAA